AGCUCUGCCUGCCCAACCCCCUGCUGGCGCGGCAAAGACCAGGGGUGCCCUUUUAAGCGAUAUUGGGAAAGGAAAGCAGUUGAGAAAGGCUGUUACGAAUGACCGUUCUGCACCUAUAGUAGGAAAGACCGCUGGCGGUUCGUCAGGUCCACCAGCAGGUGGAGCUCCAUCAAUCCCGGGAAUGGGAAGACCUAGUGGAUUGGCACCACCCGUUCCAGGAAACCGUAUGCGAAGCAACAGCGACCAGGGGCGUGAUAGUGGGAGUUCGGGAGUAGAGGCUCCGCCGCAACUAGGCGGACUCUUCGCCGGUGGAAUACCGAAACUGAAGAAGAGGGGGGGUGGGGUUGAUACAGGAGCAAAUAAGGAUUCCUCAUACGCAUCAGAUCCAGAAUCAUCGCGGACAUCCGCACCGAGGCCUCCUGCAGCAGCAGCCCCGAAAAUUCCUACAGGGGCCGCUCCGCCACUGCCAAAUAAUCGACCCCCAGCUCAGAGCGCGGGGACCGCACCUGGAGUUGUUCCUUCAGUAGCGAAUCUUCGCAAGACUCUCGGCCAUGCGGGCCCUAGACCUGCUUCUUCUGCAUCUCUUCGUGGACCGCCCCCCCCAAUAGGCAAGAAGCCGCCGCCCCCGCCUGGAUCACGAAAACCAUCCUCAAACGUCACCUCAGGGCCACCUCCUCUUCCGCCUUCGGCAGCUCCUUCAGUACCCUCAGCCCCAGCUCCUCCUUCCCCUCCCCCCGCGUCCGUAUCCGCGCCACGGCCACCUACCAACGGAAGGCCGCGUUCAGAAGCUCCGCAGCCGCCCCAUUCUCCAUCUUUGCCUCCAUCCAAUGGAGUCACUCCUUCUCUUGCUGUCCAAGCCGCCAUACGCGCAGCCGGACAGGCCUCUCCAUCAUCUGCGCCCCCGCCGCCACCCCCAAGCAGUCCUCCUUCAGCACCGUCGUUUUCACGACCUGCGCCACAACCACCGCAUAUCGAAUCCCCCCCACAAUUACCAUCAGCACCGCCUCCCCCAGUGUCCAGACAGCGUAGUAACCAACCUAUGAGCACAAUGCUGGACGCAAGUGCAUAUACACUCGCUCCCAAUGGCUCAACACCGAGACCGGGAGGUGCUCAACGAUCACCACUAUCGCAAGAGUCAGGAGGAAGAGUUAACAUACAAGAUAUCCGGUGGAGAUUCCAAGACGAAAGCAUGCUCCCUAAGCCUCGAGAAUACACAGGGACGCAGAAGCGCUAUCGAGCUGGAAGAGGGAGCAGUGUGCCGUUAGAUUUGAGAUCUUUCGAAUAACCCGCAAGCUACUAGAUGGCUGCCUGGGUUGUAAGCUUGUUUGACAUAACUACUGGUUACUCCUUAUAAUGAAUAGGAUGAGUCAGCCGAGGUUUUGGGGGGAGUUUUCAUGGGGGAGGAAAUGGUGUAGCGAGGCGCGGGGUAGAUCUGUGCUUGGUGCCAAGAUCGGGAUUGAUAUCUGGGCAAUGUCACAAUAAUGGGGGGUCAAUUGUAGUUGAAUAAGUCACAUCUGCUCCAGUACGUCG